GGCCCUAGGGUAUGCUGUGUUUCUGCAGUCUGCUGCAAUUUUUCCUCUGAGUUAAUCUGUCAAUAUUUUCUGCUAAUGCAGAUGUAGAUUUGUUUUGUGGCGCUAUGUAGGUACUUGUCCAAAAUCAUUUGUUCAGCCUCAUCUCUGCGUGCAUCUGCAACAUGAACCUUUUCUUUUAUUCACAUCAUCUCAUUUGAUUCUUCCCAGGCCUCUCACUGCGAGAUGCAUAAAAUAAGCAUGAGGGAAUCUCAGCCUCUUUUCAUCAAGCGAAUCCCACAGAGCCUCCCAUAGAUGUGCUAUUCCUCUCUCCUGCUGCCUCUGUCUUUCAUCUGCACACGUGAAAGAAGCAGUUACGCAAAUCCCUCUCUGUGACAUUAACUGGAAAACCUGUUUGCUUUUGAUUUCCUCGGCUUCUGAAGGACAACCACAUCAGGAAGAAAACUACUUCCUGGGUCACCAUAGAAAGCAUUAUUCUUCAGAAAGAGGGAAUGAAGGGGCAGAGUUUAGAGCAGAGGUCUGACAUCUCCUUCCUGUUUGCAAAGUAAAGUGAAACAAAACAAAAAACAAACAAAAAAAACAUGAAAAAAUUAAAUAUCGGGAAAAUGGCUCUAAAAAACUCCCGUAAGCAUCACAAAAAAAGUUCCCUUCAGGAGCAGAAGGAGGACCUGCGGAAGCGCCUGUCCUACACCACCCACAAGCUGGAGCUCCUGGAGUCUGAGUGCGACGCCACCCGGCAGUAUCUGGAGACCGAGCUGCGGCGGGCGCAGGAGGAGCUGGAGAAACUCACAGAGAAGCUUCACCGGAUCCAGAACAGCUAUUCGACCUUACAGAGGAUUAAUCAGGAUCUGGAAGAACAAAUCCACCGGACGUCACAGCGAGACGAUGAUGACAAGAGAGCUCUGAGUCACGAGAUCAUUGUUCUGAAUAAUCACCUUAUGGAAGCCAAGAUAACCAUCGAUAAACUCCGGGAGGAUAAUGACCUCUACAGGAAAGACUGCAAUGUGGCUGCUCAGCUGCUUCAGUGUAGCAAAUCCCAUUUCAGAAGCCACAAACUCUCAGAGUUACCGAGUGAAUUUCAGGAGCGAGUGAGCACCCACAUGGAGAAGCAUGGCUGUGGCAUCUCAUUGCCUCUCUAUAACUCUCCCUACUCUGACAGUGUUCCUAUUUCUGUUAUCGCCAAGCUCCUGGAAAAGCCAGCACCCAACAGCAUGCCUGGUUCACACACUUCCAGCCCACAGUCCAGGGAGGGGAACUUUGCACACAACAACAUGGGGAGCGCAGAGAAGCUGAACCGGAGAAGCGCGUACAAGUCAGACCUGUACUGCAGCGACACAGCCCUGUACUGCCCCGACGAGCGGAUGAGGGAGAGGAGGCAGAGUGUGGACCUGCAUGUCAGGGACCCUGAGAGGUUCCGGCCACAGAACUCCACAGACAGCACCACCGAGGAGGACGGCUUCCAGUCGAGCUUCUCACAUGAGCCCUUCAACGAGUUCACCCCCUCCCUGCCCGCCUCCAGCUCUUACUCCAGCUUCAGCGCACAGUCCGACGAGAAGGGCCACGGCGCAAGCAGCACCCUCUCCUCGCCCCACCAAGCCCUUUACAUGGACUGGAGGGAUGAGAACUAUGACAGGAAGAGCAGCUCGUCCUACGAGAAGGACAGCCCCGGCUUCCCCAAGUCCAGGAGUUUCCAGCACAUGGCGCAGGGCCACCAGAACGACUCCUCACCCGUUUACACCAGGACUGUCCCCACAUGCUUCACCGAGCCUUUCCACUCCCCGAGCGCGGCCUCCCCCCACCCCCUCUAUGCUGACAGCAGGAGCCCCGUCCACAUCCCCGAGGAGGACCUGUCUGGACGCUGGAGGCAGCUGAGCGUGGAGGACGUCAACGCAUAUUCUUACAGGAACCCAGGCAGGGUCUCACCCUACAGCUUCUCGGAGCAGCACUUCGCAAUCAGACCGGCUAAGAGCAAGCUGGGCCACCUCUACAGCAGCUUCCAAGAAGGAGAAGAUGUGUAUCAGAGCCGGAUCAUGGACCCUGCCUGCUUCAUGCCAACAAGCCCCAACCUGGAGCGCGAAACAGGUCUCCGGUCACAGGAGAAGAUGCAGAUGUACAGACAGAAGGAGGAUGACCAGAAGUCUGAAAGGAGCUUGUUUCACGGGAGCUCAAAGGAUAAAGGCAGCACCAACAGUGUGAAAAAGGAAUAUGUCGACGUGAGCCCAAACAGCUCAGCUGAAUCAUUAAACCAAAGUUCACUGGAGGCUUUGGAUCUCCAGCACUACACCAUGGAGCACGAGCCCCCUUCCGCUCUGAGACAGAAACCUCCGCACUACCAAAGAUUUGGCACCACAGGACUUUGCAGGAAGGACAGUCUCACAAAGGCACAGCUGUAUGGGACACUGCUGAAUUAAAGCACUGAGCUUCUUAUACAGAGCAAGUGGUUUGAAUCCGUGCUUUAAGCUGCAGAGAACCCAAGAGUUAGGGGAAAUCGUUAAGUGGCAUAAUAUAAUUCCAGAGAUCGUGUAACCUGGAGAAUUGACACCUGCAGAUCUGGAGCUGUUUAAGGGAACCAAGCGCAUGUGGUGAUGGCAGUGUGGUUUGAAAUGACACACACAACACGCACACACCUAACAAAGCACGCUCCCCGUAACCCAGAGGCUGGGGCACUGGCAGCUCUUCACCAUCACUGCUCAGUCUUCAUUUUGAGCAGAUCUCAUUUUCUUCAGAGAUGCUUAAGUCUGUGCGUUCAAAUAAUUUGUGUUUUUUACAGAGGUACUGUUAGGGCUGAACCAGUGCAAUUGAGGGGUAACAGAUACCCCACUGAUGCUGCAGCUGAUGUAACUUUCUGAAUUUCUUCAUUGAGCAUUCCUGGCAUUCCCAGUUCAGCUUUUAUUUUUGAAUGCUCUGUACAGAAAAGGUUUUAUUAGGAGAAACACAAGGGGCGUGUUGGGCAUUGUGAAAGCAAUAACAUCGAUGUUAUAAAAGAAACUAAGGGCACAGUUACAAUGCAAACAAUGGAGCCAGCUUUAAAACAAACGACUGUUACACAAUAUAUUAGGCAUGUGCAGAAGAUUCAGACGUGCCUUCCUUUUAAAAUAAAGCAAAAGGUUAACAACUUAAACACCUUAAAUGAAGGUUCCAUUCAGUCCCAUUCUUUCACAUCCCUAAUAUAUGAUACACUGCCCAUCCACAUUUCGGAAACAGUAGCUGAACAGAGGGAUCUUGUGGGAGUAUUUUAAAUACACACCAGGGCUUCAGUCCAGUAUGAACAACACUGCGGUGGACUUCAUUAACCCCUUCAUUGCUCUUCACUGAGAUUCAUUAGACAGGCACGUUGCUCAUUCCACCCUCUCUGUACAUUCUGUCUCAGCUUCAGUUGGUCAGCACAGCCCGUCAGUUCUGCUCCUGAUUCCAAAUGUUACGACAGGUGGUGUAAAUAAAUGUAUAAAUGUCUUCGGAUUUUAGGCAGGCCAUGAUUAUCUUCGUUCUUUUUUUUUUUGGUGUAUAUUAUUGAGGAUAUCUGCAUGGGUCUUCUCCAGAUACUUGACUGAUGUAGGUACCUGGCUAUGAUGAUGUGUUUUUUUUCUCUCACUGUGCUGUUUUCUGCAAUGCCUCCGUGUAAUACUGCAGAUCAAACCAUGGUUCUCUGACCGGGUCUCCUGUAAAGCCUUUUGUGCAUGACAUCGAUUCACAGUGGAAACGGAGCACGGCCCCUCCCUACACGGGCCUCGCUGUCACUGCUUCCCUGAGAAUCGACGACCCAGCUGUGCAUCACAUGACCUCAUCGAUUCACAGUGGAAACGGAGCACUGUUGCUGCUUCUCCACAAGGCAUCUCAUCAAUCCAUGUCACCUUAAAGAGCACAGGGGUCAGUAGUGGCUUUAUACACUCGAGAGGAGCUGAUGACCCCGCAACGUAAAGAUAGUUUCUCAUAGACAGUGAAAACCUUUUCUUGUGUGUGUGUAUGUGUGGGUGUGAGUGUGUGUGUGUGUGUGAGUGUGUGUGAG